GGGGAAAGGAAGGCCUUAAUGCGGCGCUUUUAUGAGAUUAUCUGAGGUUGUUGCAGUACUUCACUGUCUACUUCUUGCCUUUACUAGAAACAACGACUGGAAAAUGCACAAGCUGGAUUUAAAAUAUAAAAACUAAGUACAGAGUAAAUGUGAUUAUUUCGUUUUCCAGCUGACCAGCUCUAAUUCGGAACUGUAAAUAAACUCCUGGUUUUCCUGAAGUUUUCACCAGCGAUGGUUUACAUAUCUGUCUUGAGUGUGAAAUAUUUGCCCUGAGACUGCGGCAGCUUUAAACCCGACAACCCCGCCCCUCCGCACUAUCACAUGAAUCUGGACUGAAACGCUGGAUGGGAAAAGUUUAGAGGUCUCGGUGAAAUCGCUCUUCCCCGGCCAGUUGGUUGUGCGUGCGCCCUGCCUCGCCUUUUAAAGGGUUUUUACUCCACCGUCCGUGUCGGGGAAAACGGAGUCGGCUUGAGCGUUUUCCACACUGGGACUUCUUUUUCUCCCUGCAGGAAUACACAGGGGAGGAGGAGGAGGAGGAGGAGUGGGGACGCUCUGGCUGCUUGAGAUACGUUUCGAUUCCAAACUUUGGGCGACAUGGACGCGCACCGCGGCGCGCCUCCGGCGGGGCAGCAGGUCGUGCACGUCCGCGGGGACUCCAAGACGGAGCUGGAGGCCCUCUUCAACGCGGUGAUGAACCCCAGCAAGGCGGCCAGGCAGCCCCCGUCCGUGCCGAUGAGGAUGAGGAAGUUUCCGGACUCUUUCUUCAAGCCGCCGCAGCCCAGAGGCCACUCCAGACAAGCCAGUUCAGACGGAGGCGUGUGCGGCUCCCUCGCCCCUCAUCACGUCCGCGCUCAUUCCUCCCCGGCUUCCCUCCCAGUCAACUCCCUCUCUGCUCAAGCAGAUGCAGAUGCAGAUGCAGCGGCCACACCAAUCAUACCCGACGAUGUGCCACUCCCCGACGGUUGGGAGAUGGCCAAGACGCCCACUGGCCAGCGGUACUUCAUCAACCAUGUGCACAGGACGACCACAUGGCAGGAUCCCCGCCUUGCGCAGCUUCAGUCGGCUGCAGCCCAGCAUCAGAUCGCCUGCACCCCAAGCCACGCCCACUCCUUCAGCAACCCAGCCCCCACUACGCAGCCAAAAAAUAUUAUUACUGAGACAGGUCCACUGCCUGAAGGCUGGGAGCAGGCUGUGACUGCAGAAGGAGAGAUGUACUACAUUGAUCACAUAAAUCAGGCCACCACAUGGGACGACCCGCGUCUAGCCCCGAAGGUGAACCCGGCCAUCCACAGUUUGGCAAUGCAGCAAAGACUUGAAAAGCUCAGACUGAAGCAGGGCGUCCUUCCACAAUUUGCCCCACAGUUCGAUGAAAUUAAGCAUACGCGCAUUCAGGUGCAGGAGGCGGGAGGGAGCAACCAGAUGCCCGGCGGGAUGGACCAUGACAGAAGCGCACAGAUGCUUGUCCCAUCAGUGGAUAUCAGGAUCAGGGCCCUAAACCAAGAGCCUAACCUUAACGGGGCUCACUCUCGCAACGAAAGCACUGACAGUGGUCUGAGUGUCAGCAGCUUAUCACGCACGUCGGACCACAUGUUGAGCUCUGUGGAUCACAUGGACACUGGCGACUCAAGUGAGCCUCCCUCAAUGGGGCUGCAAGAGUCGAUGCCCGUGCUGCCGAUAAAUGAGGACCUGAUGCCCGGCAUCCCCGACAGUUUGACUACAGACAUGUUGAUGGAAAUGGACACAGUUCUCUCCGGGCCGCACAUGGACAGGGACAGCCUACUGACCUGGCUAUAGACGCAAGCAGCCGCCAUCCGUUUGAGUGUGGUUUGAAAUCAAGCUUUUGUAGCAUGACUGAGAAUUCUGGGAAAUUUGAGUCGGAUUUAAAAGUGGUGCAGAACAGCUACUAAGAGAGAAUAUGCUACGGAUAUAUGUGAUGGAUAUCUACUUACAGAAUUCACUUCACUAAUGAAUCUCACAAAAGCUGGAGGUUUUCUCUGUUUGGGUCUGGGUUUCGCAAAUUCUCCUCUUCUUUUCAUCCUGGUCCUCCAUCCAAAGUCACACUUGGGAUUGCCUUAAGUAAGAGUCAAGUGUUCUUGGUUCAGUGGUUUGAACACAAAAACCUGUUAAAGUAGCAUUAAUGUAACAUACAGAUUUUAUUUAAUAAAAUAAUAAAACAUAAAAAAGCUCCUAAAUUAGCCAAGUGACUUGUGAAAGUUAAAAGCAGCAUCUCAUGCUACUACCUCUGGGCAACUUGUGAUUUUAUUACAUGUACUCGGAGUUGUAUUUUAAAAACAACUUUUAACAACAUUUUUGGCGUAAAGUGAGCAAAGAAUCAAAGGAUUUUUUAAGGUAAAAUCUACGAUAGUUUCGAAAUCUCAGGGCAUCUCUUAUUAAAACGGAGGGAAUGGUGCCCUCUUGUGGUGAGUCAGAAAAUAACAUUUCCUCCUUAAACCUACAUCAGUUGCGCAAGUUUAAAAAUAAGUAAAAGAUUCUCAGGAUCUGUCUGCCUGGAUCAAGAAAUCCUGCCGAUUCGAAAGAAUACUGCCAAUGUGUUGGUUUUGAACAUUAAAUAUGUACUUGUAAAACUUUGAGACUUCAAUAUAUAAGCAAAUGAGCACAUGACCAGGAUGAGGUCCAACAUAAUGCAGGAUUUCCACAGAAAACUGCAAGGACGAUUCAUUAGUUUCUUGUUUUGUGUUUGUUUUGAUUCUUAGAUUUUCUUUUCUCAAUAAUGAUUUAAAAAAAACCAGCAAAAAAAAAUAAAUAAUAAUAAUCAUAUUGAUAUUGGCCACCGAUAUUUGGGUAAUUUUAAAACACUUUUAGUAUUUUUUUCGUUUGUUUAUUCAAAUAUUUUUAUUGUAGACUUCUAUUCCAUGCCAGCACUGAACAUGAGCUUCACAGGUGCAGUAUUUAUUUGGGAUUUCUAAUGAACUCACUGUGCUGAUAGUUGUCUCUUUUUCAUUCUACCAAACUCUUGUUUUGGAAAAAACAUCUGAUUUCUGAAAAUCUGUUCCAUAUACUGAUUAUUUCUUGAUCCAGUAUUUUUUUUAAUCUUUUUAAUUCUGCUUUUCAAUCAAAAGUCAUGGCAGUGAAUGUUGUUGGUGUCAAAGCAUCAGAAAGUGAGAUGCAAGUGUUUUGUUGAAAGAAAUGUCUAACUUAGAAAACUAGCUCCCUUCAAAUCCCAAACCUUCAUAAUUUUCUUUUUUUUAGAUUUAGCUUUCUAAAUAUUGCGUUGAUUCUUUGUGUGACUCUUAUUUGUGUAAAUACAUUUAGAAUUAAAGGACCCUUCUGAAGUGUUUUCAAACAUUAAGUUGAUGCCGUACAUUUUUGUAAUUCCAUCAAAUCUUCAUUUUUAAAGAAUGCUUUAUCCCAUCAUUGGUUUUGAGGUUUAAGCUUAUAGUGGAGAUAAAAUUACGCCAUUAAGAUGCAACAGUUUGUUCAAUCAUGCAGGCAACUGCAGUGGUCAAUUUUAUGAUUUUUUUUUUCCUUUUUUCUUAUUCUAAACAUGAGAUCAAUUUUGAUUUUACUCCCUACCGUAUGUUUUUACCAUUCAGCCAAUAUCAAUCCAAAACAAUUAGCUGCCCUGAUGUAACAAAUAUUGGUAAGACUAGUUUAUUUUUUUGUUUGUUUGUUGUUUUUU